GGCGGAAGUACGUUUUCAAAUUGCUGUGAGUGAGGGCGGAAGUGAAGUAUCUGGAAGCUCUUGUUUUGGUUUGGAUUGUAUUGCUUGUGAUCCAGAAGCCGGUGGAGUACUCUAGUAUGGCUGUCAAUAUAGUGGUGGAGUAUUGGUGAGGACUGCUGCUCAGGGCUAAUCAUCAUAUAUACAUGAAUUGCUGGUUACUUACUGAUCUGUCUGUACAGAUACCAUAUUGGGUAUUUAUCUGGCUACUAACUUGACAUUGAAACCUUAUCCCAUUUUUAUAUAUGUUUGUUUUCCUACUGUAAUACAGGGGGUGUAUUUUUUGCGAAGAGCCCACAAUGUGAAAUGGCCACUUCUGUGGAGGUGGUCAAUGAGGCAACCUAUAGGGAGAUAUAGCUACUCUAAGUUCUUAUUCCUCAUUACUGCCAUUAUUCUUUGGCUCUUGGUGAUUUUCACCACUAGUGUGCUCUCAUACAUGCGUAAGAAUACAAAAUGAGGUCCUGAAAGAGCCUGGGUUCUUCAUCUUCGAUAAUCUGUGCAUGCGCUAGAACAGGGAUAGGCAACCUUCGGCACUCCAGAUGUUUUAGACUACAUUCCCCAUAAUGCUCUUACACCCAUAAUGCUGAUAUAGCAUUAUGGGCGGUGUAGUUCAAAACAUCUGGAGUGCCGAAGGUUGCCUAUGCCUGCGCUAGAAGGUGCCAUUGUGCACUGCGCAAGAUAAUGUCGCUUCCCAUCAGGUGUUGCAACUGUCUGCUGACCUGAAAUAGAGGCUAUUUUGACCUUAAAUGGUUAUUCGAAGCACCAUGACCACUUCAGUGAUUUGGAGUGAUCAUGGUGCCUGGAGUCGGUAUGUGCAGUGUUUUGAUGUAAAACACUGCACAUGCUGAGUUUAACCCCAUUGGCUGCCAGAGUUGUAACUUCACUUCCAUCAGUGUCAUAGGGUGCAAUUAGCCUGCCAGAAACUAGACACCCUGGCUGUUUAAUGUCAAUUCUGUGCAGAUUUGUUUUGCACAGUGUAACUUUCAUCGACUGAGCUCGCAAUCAAUAAAUGGGGACUACAUCAGUUACUGCAGAUGCCAGAAGCUUGUCCCCAAUGAGGAGAGACAACCAGGAACCUGGCAAGGACCCAAGUAAGGAGACAAACCGUUAAUAAACUAUUUGCCCCGUUACCAGAGAACCAAGCCUGGGUACUUCUAGUAUCAUAACCACUACAGCAGGCGGUAUUGGUUAUGAUACUGUAAGUAAGCUUUUAAAUUCACUUUAGUAAAUAAACCCUUUGGGCUUUAAUUUCCUAAAUAUGGACAAGUAAAAUCUGAAGUAAAACAGUGCUUAGUGUUUCUCUAAAUUAUCACUUGUGACAUGCCACAGGUCAUAAUAAACGCUUAUUCUUAUAGCAUUGUCAUCUAAUCAAGGUUGUCCGGGUUGGGCGAAAUUGAGAUUAAUAAUGUUGAAGUGUUAAAGUAAAACUAUAGUUUUCCUGCUACUAUAGCUUUUCCCUCCCUCGCGCCACCUCUUCUGCCACUUACCUGGGUCUAUUGCCGAUGUCCAUCGGCACUGGCUUUGUUCCUUUAUCGCUCCUCUGACAUCGGUGAGGGAGACCUAAUGCACAUUAGGAUUUCCCCUGGGGUUUUGGGUGUCGCUGGACGUCCCCAUGCAUAGCGUAAGCAUGUCAAGCAUCAGUUAGGCGACCAAAAGUCGCCUAACUGCCCGGAAGUCUCUCUAGUGGCUGUCUGGUAGACAUCAAUUAUUGGUGGAGUUAAAGGGAUCCUAUAGUGCCAGGAAAACAAAGCUGUUUUCCUGGCACUAUAGGUUUAAUAGGUCCCCCCUUCCUCGCACCCUCCCACGUAGCUGAAUGAGUUAAAACCCCUUCAGCCACUUACUUGAAUCUGCCCACACUCCAAGCGCAUUAGACCUCCCCAUUGGAAAGCAUUAUUCAAUGCUUUUGUAUGGGGAAAAUCUGACGCUGGAGGUCCGUGAGGUCUGGCUCCGACACGCUCCUUGCCUGCUGGCUGAUGUCCUAAAUGCACAUGUGCAGCAAUGGCCAUGCGUGCUUUAGACCUCCCUAUAGGAAAGCAGUGUUCAAUGCUUUCCUAUGGGAAAAAUCUGACACUGGAGGUCCUCAUGCAGAGCUUGAGGACAGACUUAGAGCUGCAAUGUAAACAUUGCAGCACUAAGUGCAAAAGAGUCACAGCACCUAGACAAUUUCAAUUAACUGAAGUGGUCUGGGUGCUUACAGUGUCCCUUUACCCCGAAAGGUAAUUAUUAAAAACUGCAAUAAUUACCUUUGCAGGGUUAAGGAACCUGGGACAGUGCACCCAGAUCACUUCAAUGAGCUGAAGUGUUCUUGGUGCCUAUAGUGUCCCUUUAAUUCCACUUUAUUAGGCACCAAUAUACUCAGGCAACCUAAUACCAAGGCAGGCCUAAUUACUACAGUAAGCUAUUAAAUAAACACAAUUCUGACACUUUGAGAAUGAGCUAUUCAUGAUUAUUUUGUGACCCUUCAUAGUGAGCCAUGUGGGUUUAAGUCCCACUAUGAAGAAUUGGCGAGUGCGGUGCGGGAGGAGUUUCCUGAUGUUGCCAUUGACUCUCGUCCUGGGGGAACCGGUAAGCAUCCAUUGAUUAUGAUGUGACUUUCCUAUUCUGCUUUAUUGAUUAUCUUUUCAUUUCCAGGAGCCUUUGAGAUAGAGAUAAAUGGACAACUGGUUUUCUCCAAACUGGAGCUUGGUGGAUUUCCCCACGAGAAAGAUGUAAGUUUUUCUUGGCCCUUCACACUCUGCUUGGGAAUACCAGAUGAAGAAAAAAGUAAUAUUAAUAGUUGAAAAUAAAUAUUCAUAUUGUUUUUAUUUGUUAAAGGACCCCUGCUUUUUAGAAGGAUAUCAUUUUUAUGGAUCCUAUAAAUAAUGCAUUUAAAAUACCAUAUUUAAAACAUAACUCUGAAAGCCUCUGGCAGAUGGUCCUUGGAUUCUUAUCCUUCUGCAGUCAUGUUUGUGUUACCUAGAAGUUAGCUGAUCUGUCUCAGCCAGUUUCAGGACUUCCAAAAUAUAUUCGUGUAGAUGGAGAAUUUGUGAAUGUGUGUUGUGUGCAUGUGAUAUCAAACAAUACCUCAUGCUCAAUAAAUUACAGUUGUUUUGCAACUUUUCAUCCACUUUAAAUAAAAUAAGAACGUCUAGCUCCAAGUAUUUGGAAUCUUCCAGGUACUUUCAAGUGAGUGAGACGUCAUGAGUAGUGACAUUGUAUAUGCACAGGCACCACGUUUACUUAGGAAAACUCUGCGUGUUUUAGAGGCUGUGUACAGCUGUACACUUCUGGAGGGUAUCAUAACAAGAUACUAGUGUAAGUCAUAAAUGUGGGGGGUAAUACCUUGCUUAUAUUUAUUUAUUGCAAAAAAAACCCACAAAAAUUUCAUUUUAGUGCCUUUUAGAUAUUUUUUGUCUUCUCCAUUGUGUUUGUUGGAAUGUUGCAGGUGAGACUGUUCCAUUGACCAGUUGACAACUCUAUUGCCAUUAGCCAGAACAUCUUGUUCCAGGACUUAGAAAUGAGGAGACACAAGUUUUUUUUUUUGGUUUUUUUUUUUGUUUUUUGGGGGGAGAGGGGACAAUUCUUUGCUGGAAAUGUGGAUGUUUUUCCCUUCACUCUUUUCCCUUUUUUUGUUUGUUCAACUGUUCUCAUAUCCUUUCCCCUCAUAUCUUAUCCCUUUAAUAGGCCACUGAGUCUCUGUACACAAAACGUGAUUGACAGUACAUUAAUGUUCGUUGGGGUUCUAGUUCUGUACAUUUUAUCGGGGUCUUCGUAGUAACUAUUACUAUUUUUCCUCUACAGAUGAUGGAAGCUAUUCGAAAAGCCAAAUCUGGCGAACCAUUAGAGAAAAUCACCAACAGUCAGGCGCCAUGUGUUAUUCUGUAACUCUUCCUGCCUUAUCAAGCCAAAAUUAUUAUUCCCUCACCUUGCUACUGAACCAUCACCAUAGUGGCCUAAGAAUGUCCUGUAGUUCCACCUUUUACAAUGUUUCAGCCAAGGAUAUACUUCUCUUUAAAAUGUUAUCCAUGAGCUGUGGAUAAGCUAACAAAUAUGUCCAUAUUGGGAAGUACCAUGUGGAAUUAGUCUAAGAUGGUGGCAGGAAGUAGAGAGCAUUGGAUUAUGGGAUGCACCAUCGUAAAGUUUACACAAAGUCCAAGUCGUUGGCAGGUAGAGGAAAGUAGUGCACAUUUUCUCAUACAAUGCCUGUAUCUGUGAUGGAUGAAUAAGUGUCAUGAAUAAUUCCAGAAGGCACUGGUAUCUAACUGUGCUAUCCUUAUCGUCCCAAUGUAAGCAAUCAAUGUUUAAUAAAAGGAAAAUCAUAUUAUGAGUGCUGUUUACAUUUUCUUUCCUUUGAGUUUUUCCACAAGAAUGCCAAGCCACCCUGAUUUUAUUUUUUCACACUCCGUUCUUGUUAAUCCCCAAAAUCUAGAAUGUUACGGAUUCCUUAAGGAUAGGAUUGGGGGCUGCUGUUGCAUAUCACUAAAUGGAUGUAUCAGAGUAUGGCAGUGUUGUUUUUUUGUAG